UACCAGUUCGCCGAUAAUUAAGCGGUACCUCAGUUGGUAUAAAAGCGGCAUUUCCAAGCAUAGAGGCACGUCAUUUGAUUGCGUCACGGCGUUGCUGCCGUUUCCGGGAUUCCACCGCUCUGAGUUGGAGGUAUGUGUGUUUGGCGUUUUGCCGAUGGCUGGCAGGUGUAUGGUGAAAUUACUAGGUUUUCUGUGCAGCUAGAGUUGGCCCGUGGGAGUUUAUAUGACCGCUAAAAAGAAGGUUGAUCUUCCUCGCGAUGUUAUUUUGACAACUGGAAAUAAAGCGACCAUAUAUGUGUGUUGGACAACAGACUGUAGGUGAUUUGCUUCUCCCCGGAUUCGUGAUCAGCAUAAGGGCGAUCUGGGUGCACGCUUAAUUAGUGAUAUCUGAAGCUGGAGUGGGGUGUAUCAGAGUGGCGGCUAUCUAGGGUGUGGAGGUGGUCUUUUGUCAAAAGUGUGGGGUGUAACUUAUGUUUGUAGUGUAAUUCCACUAGAGUGUCUUUUGAGAUUGAAAUCCACAAGGGAAGGCUGCUUUAAUUUGGGCUGUUGUGAUGCUCCAUGUGUGGCCGACCCACUUUCUGAGACACCCCAGUUCUAUGAUGUAACCUUUUGAGUUAACCCUUUUGAUUUAGUCCUGUUGUUUUAUCGCUUGUGGCUCUGGCCAUUUAUUCUGAACUACUUGUGUUCAUUUUGGUCAUUUUUACCUUUAUGAUAAUAAAGCUGUAUUCUUAUAUUGAUUCACGCCUCAUUGGUGGAUGCUCUGUGGGAGCGAACGAACCGGUGUGCUUUUCUUUAAGUGUUAUUUUCCCCAGGCGUUUAGCCAGGGGUGGCGUAGUCGCUACUACUGAUAAUUAGAGCUCCGUUACCACUUCCCCCCCCAAUGCCACAUUUGGCGUAGUCGGCAGGGUUUGCUCUCAGUAUGAGACAUCAACUUGAGGCGUGGAUGUUUUUAUUCUAGCUGUUUUUGUUUCCCUGGAUUUUCAAUUUGCGUUCUAGCUGUUUUUGUUUUUUCAUCUUUUCUUGUGGUGUUGUUUUUUUGCGUCUAGUACAAGCAAAACAGCGGUGUCCAUUUGGUUAGGAGUGUCUGUUUGGGCUGAAUUCCUUUACCUUGGUAAGUGGUAUUCCUUAUUUUGUCAUCAUGGAAGACGAGUUAAGGGAAUUACGAGAACUUGUAGCCCAAUUAAAAGCCGAUAAUUUAAAGCUGCGUCAGGAGCAGGCCCAGGCCAGUGUACCUGGUCCUAGCAGUGACCAUGUACCAGAGUUCCCUGCAGCAACGCCAUCUGUUUCAGCUGGUGUUGCCGUAGCGGAGCGGUUUGUAUUGGUACCUAGGGACAGAAAAUGCCCCAAAUUUAACGGCAGGUCUGGCUUGGGAAUUAAUGAAUGGGUUGAAGAAGUGCAGGCUUGUAUUCGGGCCCGGCACUUAUCUACGGCAGACCAGUCAUUCUUUUUGUUUGAUCACCUGGAGGGGGAGGCACGUGAGGAAAUUAGAUAUAGGCCAGCAAGUGAACGGGAGGAUCCAGAUAAGAUCAUUGCCGCCUUAAGGGAAUUGUAUGGGGAUACCCAGUCCUAUGUCUCCUUGCAAGAAGCCUUUUUCUCCAGAAGGCAACAGGAGGGAGAGACUCUUUUAGAGUUCUCUCUUGUCCUGAUGGGCCUCCUGGAGAGGGUGAAGCAGAGGUCACCGGUUAUGUUGUCCAAUGCAGAAACUUUGUUGCGCGAUCAAUUCGUGGAAAACGUCCUUGAUAGUACGCUACGUCGUGAGUUAAAGCAAUUGGUCCGUCGUCAACCCGAAGUAACAUUACUGCAUGUUCGUAGUGAAGCUAUUCGAUGGGAACGGGAGGGUUUGCCUGGGGGUACAAGAAGCCGUAGUCAUUCCGUCCCCUUAGCCCAUGGCUUUCAGUAUGGGGUUCAAAGCAGUGCACCUUCACGGGUGGACCAACCCUCUCCGUCUGUAGAAAUGAGUGAGCUUAGAGAGAUGUUGAAACUGCAGCAGGAACAGUUAACUCGGCUUACUCAAAGUGUUGCUCAGUUACAAAACCCGUCACGCAGUGUUCGAGCAGUAGGUGGCCCUGUGACCUGUAGGAGGUGCCAAAAACCUGGUCAUUUUGCGAGGGAUUGCGAUGGGGAAAGGGUCCCACCCCGCUCUCCCUCUGUCACCCGUCCUAAUAAUAGGGCUUUAGUAGGGGCAUUCCCUCGUUCAGGUGCGGAGUCGGGAAACUAG